AAGGGCCGGCGGGCCGCGCUCAGGUGUGGGCUGCUGCGCUGGGGCCGCCAUGCAGAGCUGGUACUCCAACACCCAGCGCUGGGACUCCACAGGGAUGAUGGAGGAUGAGGAUGAAGAUUAUGAGAACGCCACUCCGCCCUACAGGGACCUUCCUCCCAAGCCAGGUGUCCUGGCACCGCCAAGACCCCCGAGGGCAGGAAAGAGCCCAGAGAACCCCCCGCUUCCUCCCAAGGCCCUGGCGGUGACAGCCCUGGACCUUCCGUCUGUCUCCUGCCCAUCUCGCCAGUCAGGCGGUGAUCUGGAACCUUCUCCCUUCCAGCCGUCCCUGACCCGCCCCGCGACUCCGGUGCCCUGGAUCGGGGCGGAGCCCCGCGGCCCGCGCCGGCCCCGGGUGGGGCGGGCGGCGCUGCUCUGCGCGCUGGCGGCCGCGGCUCUGCUGCUGAGCGCCCUGGCGCUGGCCCUGACCCUGACCAAGUACCAGGAGGUGGUGGAGGACCUGCGGCGGGCGACCUGGGAGCAGCUGGCGUGGAGAGCCAACGUGACUGGCAUGGCGGGGCUGGCUGGAUUGAAGAAGGACUUGGAUGGAGUAAGAGCUGACACCAGCCAGGCCCUGCUGGAACUUCGAGGCUUAGUAGACUGUGGCAGGGUCACGUGUCCUGACGGCUGGCUCCCCUUUGAGGACAAGUGUUACUUCUUCUCUUCAACCACCGCGUCCUGGGACGAGGCCCGCAAUUUCUGCCAGGAGAGCUACUCUCACCUGGUGAUCGUUAACAGCUUCGCGGAGCACAACUUCAUCUCCCGGGCGCACGGCUCUCCGCGGGUGUACUGGCUGGGGCUGAGUGACAAGGACCGCGAAGGCGAGUGGCGGUGGCUGGACGGGUCGCGCGUCACCCUCAGUUUCUGGGACCCCCAGGAACCCAACAAUAGCCAUGAGGAAGACUGUGCCAGCAUGAACAAGGGCGGCUCAUGGAAUGACCUCUCUUGUGCCAAGACGACCUAUUGGAUCUGUGAGCGGAGGUGCUCCUGUUGAAGCCAGGGGUCCUGAACUCUUGGGGAGCCCCCAUCCUGGAGAGUGGGGUCCCCUGGCCCCUCCUGUUCCGUCACCCCAUGACGAGAAUGGGUUUCCAAUCCUGGUUCUGGCUGCAAGCUGGCAGGAGGCCGGGGCUCGGCUGGCUGCACGGAGCUCUCGGCUCACGGCUUCUGGCGAGCAGGGCAUGGCGGAGUCUCACACCGAACCUGAAACACAGUGGCGGCGUGGUCCGCGGUCCCUCCCUGACUGAUCCCUGGCAGCAUCUAGGACAUACCGAGGCAGGACCAGUGUGACGGGCAGCGUGGCCCU